GCAUUGCCAUUUACUAUUAUUUUUCAUUUUUCGUUGAGGAGAUCACUUUGAUGCUAGAAGAUUGUGUAUCUGAGAUUCUUUAAUGACCACUAUACAUCUAGAAAUCGUUACAAAGGUAUUUCUGUUUCGAAUGCAUUCAUAAUAGCAGAACAGCACCGAUCUCUCAUGUACAGUGAACGGGAAACAUGGAACCCGUACAGAUACCUUUGAGAUAUUGAUGUCUUUGACCGGAUCUACAGCACAGUGGCUGACACUGAUGAGCAUGUCUCUUUAACAAGACCCAAUUGAUAUUUAUCCUAUGAAGGUUCAGCAUUCUAUGCUAGACCAAAUGAAAACCAAAAACUUUUAUAUCAUCGUAGUGUUCAUAGGAGCUACCAGCUUAUCAUUAUGGCUCUUCAACUACCCUUCAACCAGCUUUCGUGUUAUUGUCACCAAAACACACAAACAAAUCAACAAUAUAAAGAAUCUGCCCUCCAACAUGCAGAAGAAGUCUACCCAAGAACUAAGCGUCGACCCAGUGUAUCUGAACGCGCUUGGAUUUUCGGACGACACAGUGCUGAUUGGACACAAAGGGUCUGGCCAGAAGGCUCUGCCGGUCAUAGCUACUAGUGUUGAGCCGGGCAAGCUGGAGAAGACUGUGAACUUUAUAAACUCUGUCAGGAAGUACAUGGAGACCAGACGUCUCGUUCUUGUGGAUCUCGGAGUUUCCAAGACAGAGAAAACCAUGUUAAGAAAACACUGUAACAGCACAUGGAACUGUAGAAUCAACAUUUUGAACUACGAGAAGUAUCCCUCUCAUGUACAGUACCUGGAUACUCAGAGCUACCGGCCUAUUUGUAUUCAGGAACUGCUGACUGAGUACGGAGCAGUCAUGUGGGUCGACACAUCCCUGUAUUUCACCAACAGCAAGAUCAAUGAAAGUCUUGCCUUGGCACAAGCCUCGGGGAUAGCUGCAUGGACAAUACAAGACCCAACAUCAUCUUUAACUCACCCUAAAAUGUUUCAGUUCUUUAAAACAAAACCUGAUGAAUUUUAUUUCCACCGAGCCGUAGAAUCAAGUCAUCUUGUAAUAUACAACACAGAGACAAUCCACAGGAAACUUAUGCUUCCUUGGGUAAAGUGUGCAUUGUUGGAAGAGUGUAUUAGUCCUACAGGUGCUCAGAAUGUAGGGUGUAACUAUCUCAGAAGACCCUUAUUUAAGUAUUCAGGCUGCCACCAUUAUGACAUGUCAGCCCUUAAUGUUAUUUUAGGACUUUUGUUUGAUUUCGAAGUGUCGAAGUAUUCAUCAUCGGAGAAGAUCUUCGGAGCUGUAAGUAAAGACGGAAUGAAUUAUACAACACCACAGUUUAAGCUGAGGUCGGCCAGUUGAUUGUAUAUCGAGGUGAGUUCAGCAUGAACUGAGAAGAUGUUCCUAUAAAUAGAGCACAUUGUGGGAAGUGUUUUAUUGAACAUAAUCGUUGGACUGUCGCCAUGAACUACAGAUGCACAUGACAACUUGCUCUUUCUCUAAGUUUCUAUACUAUUUGCUUUCAUGGAAGGAUGAAAUAUUCAUUAUUGUUUUAGGGCUGUUUUGGUGUGGUCUGUGAUAACAGUUUCAUUAUGAGUUCAAAUCAAGCCUGUCCUGCUUCUAGGCCAAACUGAUCAAAGUAAAGAGGCUUCUUCAGAGAAGAGACUUCGAUUUCCCAUCAUUACAUUGUCGUCUCCAGAUGUUAUUUUUCUUUAUUUCUACCUGAUAUGCAUAUAUCCAUAAUCAUACAACCAUGUAUUCAUCUUAAUCAUACAACCAUGUAUUCAUCUUAAUCAUACAACCAUGUAUUCAUCUUAAUCAUACAACCAUGUAUUCAUCUUAAUCAUACAACCAUGUAUUCAUAAGCAGAAAGAUUCAGUUGAUCACCUGACUCACCUUGGUGAACCUAAAUGUGACAUUUUGACGAAAGAUAUUCUUUGUUGUGUCAAAAAUGUUAUUCAUGUUGGGUCAGUUUCCUCUCGAGAUUUGAAGAAUUAGGAGAUCAAAACAGACAGCACAUCAAAAUAAUUACUUUACAGUAAUCCAAACAUACGUCUACAUUUUUAAAAUUAAAUGAUAACAUAUUGUAUCAUGUUGAAUUUGGGUUUAAUACAUUGUUUUUGAAUUGAGGUCAAAGGUAUGGUAGAAAA